CAUGCACCUUCUUUAGUAUAUAUAUUCAGUUACAUUAAAAUAAUCCUCAAACACACAAAACUCCAUUUGCCUAAGCUGCAAGUAAAGCUUCUUCUCUGUAUCACAAGAAAACUCAGAUCGUAGCAAUGUGGAACGGUGAUGGAACAGUUGAUAUCAAUGGCUUUCGAGUUUACUACACAGAGGUUGAGUAUGUGAGGAGAAUCUUUGAAAGACACCCAGAAACAGCAUCAAAUCUUCGUCCAAUGAACCAGUUGGUGAAGAACGCGUACUUGAACAACCUCCUUGACCUCAUCGACAUAGCUUGCUUAGCUCCUCAGGAGCUCACAGAGGAGGAGCUAAGAGAUGCUGAGAACACGCUUAUGGAUCUGGUAGGGGUAGGUUUCGAGUUGGAUUGGUUGAAGAAGAAGCUUGAGGAGCGUUGCGUGAAGAAGAAGAAAAUGGAAACGCGUGGUGAUCGCAUGAGAGAACUCGAUAGAAUGAUUGUGGAACAGAGACGAGUGUUGCUUGCGCUUGAAGUCGAACUGAAGAAUGAAGAGAACGAGGCUGUUUCCCACAGUGCUCGACUUGGUUUCGAGGAUGUUGUUUGAA